AUGAAAGUGGAUUGAGUUAUUUCCCUUAGAGGGUUUACGGUGUCGCUGCUUUGAGUUUCCAAGCAGUUGACCAAUGAGAUGCCUGGACAUGAAAUAAGAGAGGGAAUGAAAAUAAAGAAAAUGGCAUUGACAGUAUUUUGUGAGGAUAUAAAGAGAAUGGAAUCGGGCUUAUUAUGAAGUAGAUUUAUUUAGCUAAAAUGACAUUGACGGCUUUGGAAAGAAAGUUUGAAAUGGAAUUGAAGAAAGUGUUGAGAAAAUUUGUGGAGAACCACAAAAAAAAGAAAGGGUCUGAUCUUAGCAUAGCAAAGGCUGAAGAAUCUGCUUUAUUUACAAAAUAUUACUCAGAAUGGAAAGGAAUUGACAAUACGUACAAGAAUGAACCAGCCUUGUAUGUCAAACUUCCUUCAGAGGAUGAACCAUUGAUGCUGAAAUUAAGAGAAGAAUCCAGAGCUGUGUUUCUGCAAAGAAGAAGUCGAGAGCUACUCGAUAAUGAUGAAUUACAGAGACUGUGGUUUCUGCUGGACCAGCACCACACUCCCCCCAUUGUGGGGGAGGACCAGAUGAUUAAUUAUGAAGACUUUCUCAAAGUUGGGGAGGAAGCUGGACCUAAAUGCAGGCAGUUCUUUACAGCCUCUGUGUUCACCAAACUCCUUCAGAUGGACCCCUAUGGCAGGAUCUCCAUCAUGCAGUUCUUUAACUAUGUCAUGAGGAAGGUCUGGCUCCAUCAAACAAGGAUUGGUCUGUCUCUCUAUGAUGUCGCUGGUCAGGGAUAUCUCAAAGAAUCGGAUCUAGAAAAUUACAUUUUAGAGCUGAUUCCAACACUGCCUCAGCUGAAUGGGUUAGAGAAAUCUUUCUACUCAUUCUAUGUGUGUACUGCUGUCAGAAAAUUCUUCUUUUUUUUGGAUCCCAUGAGGACUGGUCGAAUCAAAAUCCAAGACAUCCUUGCUUGCAGUUUUCUAGAUGAUUUAUUAGAGCUUCGGGAUGAGGAUUUAUCGACAGAGAUGCAGCAAUCUAACUGGUUCUCUGCCCCCUCGGCCCUGCGUGUAUAUGGACAGUAUCUCAACCUGGACAAAGAUCACAAUGGCAUGCUCAGUAAAGAGGAGUUGGCCAGGUAUGGAACAGGUACCCUCACUCAGGUGUUUCUAGAUCGAGUUUUUCAAGAGUGCCUUACAUAUGAAGGAGAAAUGGACUACAAGACUUACCUGGACUUUGUGCUUGCUUUGGAGAAUCGAAGGGAGCCACAGUCCCUUCGUUACUUGUUCAGAAUCCUGGAUGUCAAACACGUGGGAUAUCUCAAUGUCUUCUCACUGAAUUUCUUCUUCAGAGCUAUACAAGAGCAAAUGAAAAUUCAUGGUCAGGAACCAGUUUCUUUUCACGAUGUGAAAGAUGAAAUCUUUGACAUGGUCAAACCUAAGGAUCCUAUACAUAUAACACUCAGAGAUCUCAUCAACUGUGGUAAGGGAGACACAGUGGUGAGCAUACUCAUUGAUCUGAAUGACUUCUGGACCUAUGAGAACAGAGAGUACCUUGUACCAGAGUCGAGUGAGGAAUCCGAUAUAUAACCCGGACUCCCUCGGAUACUGAUCUGUGUCCUGAAACACUGUCCCGCCAUUGUGGAUCCAAAGAUUUGGCACUCGGAAAGGAAAGUUAAGUUCCUUCAGAGGCCCACUCACAGAAUUCCAGACUUAAACUGAUGCCAUGUUGUUAAUGCUGUCUCAUUUUUGUCAGUCACAUUUUGCCAAGUAAAAGCAUUUUUACACGAUUCUUUAUUUGAUCAUCGUCUUAUACAGUAGGUGUGCAUGCAUUCAAGAAAUGUUCAUAUUUUGUCUAUUUAUUCAAUACUGUAAUCAUGGUGUUUUUUUACUUUUAAGACAGAAAAAUAAUCUCCGUCCAUGAGCCAUCUACUAGAUCUGCCAUUUUUAAUUGCGUGUAUUUAUUUAUGAUGAGUACACAAUAUUGUAAGAUUUGUACUCACAAUUAAUUUGAUUGCAUCCCAUGUGAAUAUUUUGUCAGAAAUGUAAGUUCUUUAUACAUGUACAAUGUACAAUAGUCGUCAACAUCAUUGUGGCAUUCUCAGUUUUAUGUAAUCUAUUUAAUUUUUUUUUUUUGUAUACAUGUACGUGUACAUUUGGGCAUUUGCAGAAGAACUUCUAUUUACUGUAAAUUAAAAUCAUAAUUUUGUAUAGAAAGGAGGGUGGGUUUGAUGGUCAACAGAUUCCAUUGCUAGCUUUGAUUAUUAGUAACUUAGCAGUAUUACCAGAAUUUAGGAUCUUAAUUCUCACCAUUCAUUUACCCGUAUAUCAUUUUGCCAAAUAGUUUAUGCCAAUAAAUCAAAAAUAAUGAUAAUAAAUUGCUGAAAGAAAGGUUAAAAAUGUAUACAUUACCAUGGUUUAUUCAUAUUGUGUGUUACAUGUAUUUUGUAAUAUACUCUAGAGCAUGGUGUGGUUGUAAAUCAAUAUUAUUAUGUUGUUUAUCAUAAAUAGUCAACAGGCAGUGGGAAUGAUGCUUACAUACAUUAUAUUGAAACCAAAAGAUUUCCCGUUUCCUUAGAUAAAGUAUUUGUCAUUGAUAUUUUGGUUUGGAAAUUUGCUUGUUCUGUAAAUGGCCAUAUUCAUUUUGAGGAAAAAGGUCUCAAAAUGAUUGCCUAUAUGUUUUGUAUUCAUUACACAUUAUCGGUUAUAUAGUAGUGCUGUCAAUGUUUGUGAGCCACUAGUAUACAGAACAAUGUUAUAGUUUUACAGAGUUCUUUUGAAACUACAGAUGUACUAGUACUAGAUUUAUAUUAAGUAUACAUUUAGUGAAAGGUUUUCUACCAGUACUUUAUGUAUUCAAGUGGAAAUUACCAGUUGUAGCUGCCAACGUUUGUGCAUGUAAUGCAUUUGCUUUUGUUUUUAUGCAAGCUUAGUUAAAUACGAUAAAGUCUGCUUUAAUUAUAGCCAGGUCAUCUGAAAUCCAUCCACUUCAUGUUUUCACCAAUAUAUAUAUAUAUAUAAAAUGAACUUAUGUUUGGUGUAUAUAACACUUUGAUCAUCCUAUCAUGACAAGUAACUGAUUGUUGAGGGUUUAAAUAGACAUCUACAUAAAGGGGUAAAUCUUUGCCUUGGGUCACAAUUUUUUUUUGUUUAAAAAAAAAGUAACAGUUCAUAAUUUUUAUGUGUAAGAUAAAUUGUAGAACCAUUUCAUAUUUUGGCAGUCUGUUUUUCCUUUGCAUAAUGAUAAGCAUUAUUGACUUCAUUUGUUAUUUGAUGUGCAAUGAAAUCAGCCUGUAUCACGUGUAAUGUGCAAUUGACAUUAUAAGAAGUCAGGUGACUGGUCCCGUUUUAGCACUGCCCUCACUCUGGUGUAUCUAUUGAUGUAGUCCUUGUGAAUAAAUUCAUGGUGUAUCAUUA